AUGUUUGUCUUUCUUCCUAGAUCAGUGUUUUUACGUGAAACAAAUUUUUGUCUCUCUCAUGAUGAUGAUGAUGAUGCGCCGUGUGAUGUGUGUGUUGGCCGUUGUGCUGUGCUGCGCCUGCGGGUAUACCAUGGCGGCUGCUGCUNUGGGGAAACUCCAAAUGGUAAUGCUUCUCAAGCUGCGGAGGAAAGCGGUGUUCCUGCAGGUGACCCUCAACCUCAACAAAGCGGCAACAGUACAAAAGAAGGAAAUGCAACUAACCAGGGAGGUGAAGCAGCACAAACUUCACCGUCUCCCAAUACUUCAGCCACUGAGAAUGAUGCUGCAAACGCUGGGAAUGACAAUACAACAACGGGGAGUGAGACAACAAGUACCCAAGAAGGUGCUGCAGAUAAUACAGAUACAACCACAACAAACUCCACAACAACAACAACACUUCCUCCUGAACUCACAAACAGCAGAAAGGGUGAUGCAGACAGCAGCAGCAGUAUCAGCAGUUCUGUGUGGGUACGUGUGCCACUACUGAUUGUGGUUACAUUGGCCUGUAUUCUUGUGUGCUGA